CUGUACUGCUGUUCAGUCGCUUGCUAACCCGGAACUGAGCGCGGCCCAGAAUGGCGGAUUUAGCCGCAGUCAGGAGCCAAGUGGUUCUGGUCGUGAACAGCCUGGCCCAAACUCUGCUGGUGGAGCUCCGAACCGCGAGGGAGGCGGUCCGUGUAAGCAGCCAGGAGCCCCGGCCGGAGGAGGAACUGGGAGUGGCGGUGGACAGGCUGUGUCUGGAAGCUGUGGAUCAAAUCCUGAAGAUCCUGGAAACCAGCAUGACGAGGCAGGAAGAGGCUCCGCCCACAACGGCUGACAUCUGUGGAGGGUUAAUGAAGACCCAGACAGGUGGAGGUGAGCAGGAGCCCGGCCCAGGCCACGCCUACUUCCUGCUGUACAGAGUCAGUGACGGACCGGAGGCAGAGCAAACGCUGACCAUGUUUCCAUUUCUGAGCGCUGAGGGUGACAGCAGAAGCAGCGCCUCUAAUCUCACAGGUGAGGAGUUGCAGGUGCGCCUCGCCUCUUCCUCCCCUCCGACCGAUGACCAUGACUACGCCCGGACCCCAGCGCCACCUGACGGCGCGGCCAAACGCUGCGGGCGGAGGCGGGCGGCGGCCACGGCGAGCAAGGAGCUUCACCUGCAGUGCUGGCGCUGCAGCAGGCUGUUCCCCAGCGCCGAUAGGCUGGCCGACCACCACAGGAAAUCCCACCCGCUGUGCUCGGUGUGCGGCGCGGCGUUCGGCGGCGUCCUGAAGCUCCGGGAACAUCAGGUGAAGGAGCACGGCCUCCUGCCGUUCGCCUGCGGCUUCUGCCCCAAGAGCUUCAACCACAAGACGCACCGCGACCUGCACGUCAAGGCGCGCCACACCGGCGAGAAGAGCUGCCGCUGCGACAUCUGUGGGAAGGGCUACUCCUGCGUCAGCGCGCUGAAGACGCACCGGGUGACGCACUUCAGCAAGACCUUUAUGUGCGAGGUCUGCGGCAAGGCCUUCUACCACGCCUCCCACCUGACGCGACACACGCUGGUGCACCAGGAGCCGCGCCCGUUCAGCUGCUCCACCUGCGGGCGGCGCUUCACGCAGGCUGCCAACCUGCGCAGCCACCAGGCCACGCACGCCGGAGAGAAGCAGCUCUGCUCCGUCUGCGGCAAGAGCUUCCGCUGCCUGAGGAACCACAUGAUCAGCCGGCACGCCCAGGAGCCGGCGGCGGCCGGCCUGCUGCCGCCGGCCGUCACCUGCCAGGUCUGCGGGAAGAAGUUCCCCAACCCGUCGCAGCUCCGGGCGCACCGGCGCAGCCACACGGGGGACAAGCCGUUCCACUGCGGUGUGUGCGCCCGGAGCUACCGGCUGAAGGAGCUGCAGCGGGACCAGAAGCCGUCCCGCUGCUCCGCCUGCGCCGAGACCUUCGGCCGGACGCCGCACAGCUGCCAGCGCUGCGGGAAGCACUUCCGGCUGCGCAGCUUCCUGCAGGCUCACCUGCAGACCAAAGCUCACCUGAGGCGGAUGCAGCAGAGCCAGAGCGCCGAGCCGUCGCUUUAAUCCCAGAUUAGCAGCUGAGACAGACGAUCUCAUGAAGGCGCAGAGCUGGACGGUUCGGUUCUGUUGGACUGAUCUGUCAUUAGAUUGUCGUGUUUUUGAAUAAAGUUUUAAAUCACGGCUCCAGAGCGGACGUGACGCCCUGAGGAACUCCAGCUGGACGUGUUUCUGACCCGGUCCAGAGCCGCUGCUAAUCCCAUCUAUCGGUUCUGCACCGGUUCCGGUUCCUCUGCAGCAGAGGACUGGUUUGACUGGUUUCCAGUUGAGCAGCUUGAGGGAGUCCAGUAAAUCCAGAUGAUGAUGUGUAAUCCAGCAGACCUGCGGUCAGAUUAACGGACGUCCAGGCGAUAAUCCCACCUCGGUUCUGAUGCUAAUCUGCGGUUUGUUUACGUUCCAGAUGCUAAUCAGGACCACAACAUGUUUGUUUCAUCGUUAUUAUGAUCAUGUGACAAUCAGCCGAUCAGAUUAUCGGCUUCCAGGAUCGUCAGACACACCAGAGGUCAGAGGUCAUCGUCCCACCAUUUUAUUCAUUUAUUAAAAUUGGUUUCAAAAUAAGCAAAUGCAGAUUUUUCAGCAGCAACUUUACUAACAGCACCAUUGAGGCGUUGUCAUAGCAACCUCUGGGUCAUUCCCACUCAUGAAGAACCUGUUACUUUGACUAGGACCUUCAAUCCCAUAUUAAACAGGCUUCUUUCCUUC